UUGCUUGCUGGUACCGGAUUUCUGAUUCAGAAGCAAGAACCGGAAACUGAUUCAGAAGCAAGAACCGGUGCUUCAACUUUGACUCCGAAAAAAAAACAAAGAAGAAUGUGUUCUUUUCUUGAUGUUUGGAUGAAAAGUUAUUCGUUCAUCAAACCCGCUCUUAAUAAUAAGAAUAGGGCGCUUUGUACACUAUGCCAAAAAGAGUUUAGCAUAUCUCAUGGUGGCAAAAAUGAUAUAGAAAAGCACCAAAAAAGUAAUGAACACCAAAAAAGAGAAAGAAGUGCUAGUUUAUCUACAUCUCUGAAAUUAUUUUUGAAAACAGAUCAAAUGACUACUCAAGAAGAAAAAGUGAUUGCCGCUGAAAUCACUAAAACUUACCACUCGGUCAAACAUUAUUUAUCAUUCGAUUCACUAGAUUGUGAUACAAAACUCGAUCAUGUUUUGUAUAAUGAUUCUAAAAUAGCUGAUAAAUUGACACUUGGACGAACUAAGGCCAGUGCCAUUGCACAUAACGUUUUAGGACCAGCAUCAAUUCAAGAGGCCGUCGAAAUUUUGCAAAAUGAGACAUUUUAUAGUGUAGCUACUGAUGAUUCCAAUCAUGGUGCCAUAAAAAUGUUUCCACUGAUGGUGAGAUUUUACAGCCCAAAUACAAAUUUGAAAACGUGUGUUCUUGACUUUUAUGAAGAUGCUAAUGAAACUGCAUCAGCCAUCCACAUGAAUUUAAUAACACGACUGAAAGAGUGCAAUAUUGAUACUAAACACCUUACUACAUAUUUACUGUGCAGAUAA